AUGCCGCCAAGAAAAGCAAGUGGCUCGCGUCAGCGAACAGGGCAGAACGCGUUGCCCAUACCGACCAUAUAUCCCGAUUUGAUAGAUGGGAAGGGGAUGAAUGAAGAUCAGUGGCAAGGAUGUAAGGAGAUGCUGGAGACUGUCUACAAGGCCAAAGACGGGAGCCGGAAGAUGAGUGACAUCUUUCGCGAAUUACCCGACCGAGACGAGUACGAAGAUUACUAUCAAGCGAUACCAGAACCAGAAUGUCUAGAUAACAUAUCGACGCAACUUGGCCAACAAACAUACGCAAAUCCAGAAGCGUUUUACAAGCAGUUGCAUCUGGUUUUCUUAAACGCUAAACAUUAUAACGAGGACGAGUCUCUGCUUUGGGCUGACGCAAAGCAAUUAGAGGAAUUAAUCCUUAGCGAGUGGAAAACACGGGCUCAAGCUGGUAUAUUCAGUAGCGUCGAUCCUUAUCAUAAGUCAGUCAAACCCAUUCGUAAGAAGAGAGGGCCGUCUUCCAUGCCGAGCAAAUCAUCCACACCCCUUCCCGAGAUCAAAACAGCACCCAGUCCUGUGCCUGAAAUCACGCCAUUGCCCCCGGCACCUGAACCCGAGCUCCCUCCAAUUUCUGAAAUGACGAUUGCUGCACCUUCCCCUACUCCUAUUUCAGCGCCUACUCCUACUGUUCGAGCAACCAUCACUAUACCGUCGUCUGUUGCACGAAACCUUCAAGGACCCACUCAACCCGCUUCCCCAACACCUUCAGAAAGAGGAAGGCAGUCACAAGCCGAAAAGGAUAGAAAGAUCACAGCGGCUCUUGAUGCGACGCUGCCAAGAUGGUCAGGACCAUCAGCAACCUUACCUGGAGAUCCUCCAGGUGGACUUUCUGGAUGUGGCUGGUUCGGAGAAGGAGCUCCAGAUUAUGAGAGGAGUGCAGGGGGACCUGCUAUGUGGCCACAUCGUAUACGUGCAGUUGCAGGUGCUGUUGCAGGGUAUAAAGAUGUCAAUGGAACAAGGCUUUCUGAGGUUUUAGACAUCCUCCCCGCCAUGGCAGAUAUUCCAUACCUAUCUUUCAAUACUUCCAUCUCUUUUGCCGGCAUACAGGCCACCGCCAGGGUUGGGCGCUAUGCAACGCUUCGAGACUUCGAUAUGGACAUGUGGAGACUCUUUGAGAAAGCGAGACGCUAUUUCCACGAUGGCUCGAUCGAAUAUGGCAAUGUCCUCAUCCUUCAACGGUUAUACAACGCUCUCACUGCUACCUAUCCGAUGGCACUUCCUGCAUCGGGAAUUCCAGCUCCUUCUCCCACCCUUUUCGCUUCUCUACCCGCUGGACCCGGUAAUGCUAGGUCAAUGCAUGAAACGGCCCAAGAUCUGAAAGCUGGUGCUGCUGAAGAUCAAGUCGGUUUCGGAAUAACUACUUUCAGAGUUGGGACCAAGGAUAGAAAAUUCACAGAUGAAGCGAGACACAAGGGAAUGUCGUUCAAAACGGAACUCAUCAUGCUACUGUCUGUUGGUAUUUCCGACCUGAACAAACGGUUCACACCGCCGACAAGAUGUUCUAUGAACGAGAGGUCUUCAAGACCGGUCACUUCUGUGACCACCCUGUGGAAGACAUACUGGAAAAGAUAUCUGUCCAAUUUUACGUCAAGUACAUACGUGGUAAACCUCGUCCUGGAGAGUAUUACCCAGGCUGGCCGAGCUAUGUCUGUCACUCCAGAUUUAAUGAUAGAGAACACCUCAUGGUUAGGAUCAAGAACUGGAACAGCUGCAUUCCUGAUAUCGCCUUUCUUACAAGGAGUGCAAGGGCCCGGCUUCUUCGGAGAGCCCAGGAAGGGCACCGCGGGCGAUGAAGACGAUGACGAUGAUGAUGAAAAGGAGAAGGAUAGGGAAAGAUCAAAAAGGAGAGAAAGAGCGAGGAGGGAAGUUCAACCUCCACCUGCUAUAGAUAUUCCUCCUGUUAGAAAAUCGCCUAUUCCUACUCCAAUUCCUGCUCCGAUACACAGCUCUGGUCCUUCAAGAUCGGCUAUGCCUUCAACGCCGACACCCCAGGGUCAAUCACAACCCGUCUAUCGGCCACCUGUACCUUCGUCGCAUCCUUCAGCCCCCGUGCCGUCAUACCUCUUCCCAAAUCGCACGAUUGUCGCAGCCAUGGGCGGUCAUCAAGCUCUGGAUCAAAGCGCUGUCAAAGAAGCACUUCCUUCUGACACUACUCGAUUAUUUGAACGAGAUGCGAGAGGUCACGUUCUUUGGUUCUCUGGUCCGCCUUUGGCACCUGGUACCAUACCUGUUCCACAACAGCAAGCUCAUUCGCUGGAGUAUCUCACAUACAUCAUCAAGAGAAAAAGAGGGGAGGAAGCGAUACCGCAGAAACGGAUAAGGCGAGAUGUGGAAGAAAGUCCUGAAAACGAUGCCGAUGGUCCCCUCUACGAUAAAGACCCGAACGACUUUUGGUGGGCAGAAGGACAAAGCCAGGAGCAGAUCGCUGAUUCGCUCAAAGCAAUGAUACAAUCUGCUUGA